ACGAACAAUGGUCACCUGCAACUAAUGAUGAACGAAGGGCUCAAUCAUAUACCAAUGAGAACACUGGAUGAGGAUUCUGCCUUAGAAGAGAUUGAGGAGGCACUCGGCUGCAUUCUGACCACCAAGGUAUGCGAUGAACAACUCUCAAUGGAGGAAGAGAAGUUGGUGAGCAACUUCGUGAUAAGCAAAGCCAAAUCCUGCAUCAAGCAGUACCACGCUCAACACAGACACAUCGCAAAGGAACCUAUCAACAGCGUUCCGGUCAGGAAGGAGAUCAAUUGGAUGACCGAGAGGUUUCUCGCAUGCCCGACUUACAAGGUACCUCACACACCCACGUCAGUCUGCGUUAACUUCAUCAGGAGGUUAGCUAUGGAACGAUUGUCCGGCCUGGAUUUCAUUCCGCUCCAACAGCAACCUGCAACGAUCGGGAGCAAGCUUGCUAAAGAAGUCAGUGCCUUUGUACUCAUCAAGCACGCGGAGGAGAACUUACCACUACCACACCUCAUGGUCGUAUACAAGGCUCACAAGGAGUCCUUCAGAUGGAUCACCAACACGACAGGGACAAUCCUCUCACCGGCCGCCGACGUCUACACUUGCCUUCUGAAGUUCCUUGCGACAGACGUGCAGACACUCUGCGCAGAGAAGAGCGACGCGAUCUUCGCCGAGCACGAGGUCAGACCCAACUAUUGGUGGCCGAUCGCAUCCAAUGGCGAGUUUGUCGUGGGUACAAGACCUUCAGCGCUUGAAUGCAUUUUCAUCAAGAACUUCGCUGAGAAGACAGAGCAGUUGAGGAAGCUUGUGAGGAAGGAUCAAGAAUGGGAAUGGGAUGAGAAGCAGGAAGGAGUGGUAAGUGGUUUAAAAAGAGAAUUCAGAGAAGGCGGUCUGGUGUUGGGAGUUUCUGACUUCGAAGCAACGCCAAAACAUCAUUUCAUCGAGGAGACCGAUGCAGGGCCUACAGCCUUGGGCGACAUUCUGAUCCACGCUGAUGUAAAUGGCGAGGAGAGGUCAUUGAGAUUCGAGAGUCGAACCUUGAAUGGCACUGAGAGAAACUACUCACAGUUCAAGCGGGAGACACUUGCAGUUCUCCACUGUCUAACGGUGUUCCGCAACUACCUUUUCGGAAGGAGGUUUGUGCUGAGAGUGGAUCCAACCGCAUUGACCGACUCUUUGAAGAACUAUGCACCAUCAGACCCAACCAUUGCCAGGUGGCUCGCGUAUUCUGGCGAAGGAGCUAAUGAGGAUAUACCUCUGGUAGAUGCAUUCCUCGAUGAAGAGGAAGAUGUGAAGCUCCACAUCAACGCGCAUGCCAUUGGGGUCGAAGUCAUUGUGCAAGGGCAGUCUGCUUUUCUUGCUCCUGCAGGGUACGUGAAGCGAACAGAUAUAGUCCUCAAGGACUUCGUGGAGGAGGAUCCUUGGGGAGGGAAGGAGGUUGAGUGGAUGGCAAAGCUUGCAUUGACUGAGACCUUCCAGUUAGGAGAAGAUCCAUUGGCCAUUGAAAGUGAAGCCUACUCACUCGACACGCACGAAAGUUGUCACAGAGCAUUUGCCUUGACAUAUGCGAAGGCGCGUGAGCUUUACUAUUGGGAAGGAAUGAGUGAGAUGAUUCGCAAGUACUGCGAGUCGUGCAUUUCAUGUCAAAUAAGGGCGUCGACUAUGUAUAAGGAAUCGUUGCACUCGCGGAUUGUGCGAGAUGCAGGAGCAGUGGUCCAUCUGGACCUACUGGCAAUGCCUCAAGGAGUGGGCGGCUACAAUUACACCUUCGACACGCGGAACAAUCUUACGGGGUUUGUUGAUGGGCGAGCCAUUCGCAGUAAGACGGGCGAGUGUGAACCUUAUUGCAAGAUUAGGCAGGUUUGGAUCCUUCAGUUAGAUUUUGCUCAGAUGACUAAGAGGGUCUGGGGUACUGGCAGCUAUGAGGAGCGUGUGGCUCAGAUCGUGAGAGAGUCGUUGGAUUGGAGACAGUUCGCCAGGCGGAUGCUGAGAUUGCGGCCUCAGCCCAUUGAUCGACAGGGUAGGCCCAUGCGGUUUGAUGGGGCUAAUCUGGAUGAGUUCCAUGAAGCUUUCAUCAUUUUUGGGGAUGGACAGAGAUGGACCGAGGCGCAGAGGGUUAGGCAGGUACGACACUUGGUUGUCCCGGAUCUUAGACAUGAGGUGAGUACCAUGUCACACACAGCGCAGACUUGGGCGGAGCUUAUAGCGACGCUUAGAGAGGAUUUCACCGUUGACAGACGACGCGGGCUGCGCAGAGAGGUUGGGUAUUACAUCCCGGAGCUCAGGAUACGCCCACGAGCACAGCUAGAGAGGGAUGAGGGUGAUGAGGGGCGAUCGCGAGAGAGGCGGAGAGAGAGUGGGCAGCCAGACAUCCCACGCAGACCUAGGACAGGCAGGCGUCGAGGACGUCAGGAUAGACGGGAUGGCCUAGAGGAGAGGGAUCACGUGUUGACGGUUGAUAUUGGGAGGAACCUCUCGACAGAUGAUGUGGGGGAGGAGACCUUGUCAGUAGGGUCUCAGAGACAGAGUGUCUUAUCUACUCCAGAGAUUGGGACAGUGCCAGUGCCAGAGACAUGUCCGGCUGAGAUAGGGGUUAGAGACCGUGGUGCGCCUGAGACAGAUCAGACUACUCCACCUACACCCAUACGGGAUGGGGAAGAGGCUUCCCUACUGCUUGUGUUGAUGAUUGUUUCGGCCCGGCCUACAGAGACAGAUACCAUGGAGGGAGUGGUUCCCGAUACUGCAUCGGAGAGGCCUUAUCGAUGGAGAGACACACGGGACAUGGCAUUAGACCUCCCACAAAGGGAGCUAUCGCUUAUGAUAGGGCCUACCACUAUAGGACCGAUGCAGGAGCACGAGGAGCCUCAGCCUGAGUGGCCGCGAGAGACGACGCUGAUGCAUGAUGAGCUAGGGCAUGAGGGGCAGAGAACGCUAGAGGAGGCUGAGGCGGUGCUCAAGAUACAGGAGAGAGAGGCGAGUGAUUGGCGAGCCCAGGUUCAGAGGGUGCUCAGGGAGUAUGAGCCACCUGCUGACGCGACGGACAGGGAUAGGCUACGGCGCAGGGUUGUCCUUGAGACUGUGCGAUCAUCUCAGUUGGAGAGCCAGGUAUCGACUCUUGUCAGGUUACGGCAAGAGACCGAGGAGCAGACACAGAGGCUCUUCUAUGAGGAUGCUGCUACAGCCGGAUGGCAGGAGGAGGUUAGGAUGAGGAGACGGACAGGAGAGGAGCCCAUGCUUGAGGGCGAGCGCAUGAUGGAGCAUGUCAAGAGAAUCACGCAGACCGAGGUUACGCGAGGAGAGGUGCUUCAGGAUGUGGUACAGAGGAUAGGUUCUCUGGAGCAGGAGAACAGAGGACUGAGGGACAUGGUACGUAAUCUUGUCACCAGCGCCGAGCAGGCGAGACAGUCCACCUCAAGGCUCGAGCAGAGGAUUACUGACCUAGAGGAGGGUCAGAGGCGUCAGGCCACGACAGAUCUGGUCGACGAGAGGAGGACUGAGAGGCAGCAAACUUCUAUCGGACAGGCACACGUCUCUCAUGAGGUAGAGCCAAGGGGAGUGAGAUUGGACAUCCCUCAUCGAGACUCACAGACAAAGGAGUCACUCGGGGGUAUAGGGAUGACAUGUGAAGAGGCUGCAGUCGUCGACAAGCUCAUGCUUGAGCCAGACGAGAUCGAGAGGAGGAGAGAGGCAGAGGCACGUGGUUUGGACCGGGUCCCUCCCUCAGAGUUGGCUGUUCAGGGGGAUGUAUGGCGAGAGAUGGGUGGUAGGCACGACGAGCGAGAGAGGAUUUCAGAGCCACGAGAUGUCAUGCCACAGCAGGACACGAGCGAAUCAGCGACAUUACUGCCCAUGACUCUUCCUUUUACACCGGCUCCAGCUUUCGGGGCGAUGGACGAAAUAGUGCACCUCCUUUCGUCUGGGUCUGAGAGGUGUGACGAGGAGGCGACGACUGAGAGGGUCUCGAGGAUGUUGAGCCCUUAUACGGUGGAUAGAGCCGUACAGGAUGUGACGAUCCGACUCGAGAGGGCACGGCCUCAGAUCCUACCCAAGCCGAAGAAGGCGAAGGUAGAGGACAACAGCGCUGGUGAAUUAUGCUCAUGGUGUGGCAGAGGGGUGCACGACAGGGUGGGUUGUCCUGCUUUCCAGGAUGACCUUAAUAGGCGAGUCGUGCAGUUCGACGGACAGGGGCGAGUCAGAGAUAUGCAUGGCGCUCUUCUUCCGAGGAGACGUCACGAUGCUAGGAGAGCUUUGUAUGACAGACUAGGCCUAGAGUUGAGAGAGGAUGAGUGAUAGGUUACAUGUCCAUGAGACGC